AUGCUGGACCUCAUCAUUCUGACCCUCCAUUUCUUCGUCUGCCUCCUCAUCUCCUUUGCCAUCUGGCAUGGACCUAAGGAUGCGGAUUUGCACAGCUCAAGCACAGGAACAGUUGAAACGGAGCCGGAUGGUCUUAUAUUAAUUGGCAAAGAAGGCGACAUAAAGAAGUCCGGAAGAGUAACAGCCAGAGUCAAUGGCAGAGAAGUUGUUGUUUUCUACCAUGAAGGGAAAUUUCAUGCUAUGGACUCUCGCUGCUACCAUGAAGGAGGCCCUUUACGACUUGGAGAAAUAGAGGAUAUCAAUGGUCAAGCAUGUAUUGUUUGUCCUUGGCAUAAGUUUAAAAUUACUUUGGAAACAGGAGAAGGAUUAUAUGAAGGAAUAAACCCUUUGGAGCCAUCACCAACACCACAGUGGCAAUCAAAAGGAGUCAAACAAAGGAUUCAUAAAGUCACAAUAGUCAACGGAAAUGUCUAUUUGAGUCCUCCAGAUUUGUCUGUAAGCUUUGACUCCGAUUAUUUUGCUGAUAAGUACAAAAAUGGUGGUGAUUUAGCUAUGGAAAAACAAAGCAACUCGGAAGCAGCAGAGCAAGUUGUGACCAGAAAGCAGAACCCUGGGGAAUGCACCAACAAAGAACCACUGUCGUGAAAUAAAAAUGUA